UCUUCUCCAUCUUCCAUUUUUCAAUUCCGUCAACCACUCCAAAAUGUCUUCCCUAUUCUCUACUUCUCUAAUCUCCCACUUGAAGCUCCUACGUUCCUUCACUCGUUCUCAUCCUCUCUACUUCUCAUUCUCCAUUUUCUUCUUCCCUUACCUCCUCUCCUUUCUCUCCCCGCUUUCCAUCGCCGCAUCGCUGUUACUCCUUGCCCUUCUCGCUCUCUCUCCCGCCGUCACCAUUCGCGACAAGUUUUUAGCAGAGAGCGAUAAGGUUAGUGCUCGGAUUUCUGUUUCUUUUGAUGGCGAAAGUGAGGAUGAGCUUUUUGAUUUGGGGAAUUUUGAAGAGAACAGAAUCCUGUCGGAGGAAUCUCUGAUGCGAUUUCAAGAAUUUCGGGUCGGAUUCAUGGAGAAAAAAUCAGUUGACUCAGCAAUGGAGGUCAAGGAUGCGGCAAAUAACGGCAAAUUCGAGGAAUGUGGCGCGAAGGCCGACGAAUUUGUCGGAACUAGAAACGGAUCCAAGGCGGCCGUUGGGAAUCACGACAAUGUCGGUGGAGGAAACGGUACCAGCACAAAUGCAGAGAGCCGGCGGACAUUGGAGUACAAUCUCGGAAGCCAUGGGUACAUGCGGAAGGAGAGGGAGUGGAAGAGGACAUUGGCCUGCAAGCUCUAUGAGGAGAGGAAUGAGAGCGGAGAAGGGAUGGAUUUGCUGUGGGAGACUUACGAAAUGGAAACAAUGAACAACGAGGAACGGCAAGACGACGAUUCAAAGGAGAAAUAUGAAAAAGAUAGCGAGGAAGAAGAAGAAGAAGAAGAGAUGGAUGAGAAGCUGUGUUGUUUGCAAGCAUUGAAGUUGUCAGCUGGGAAGAUGAAUUCGGGAAUCGGAAGGCCUAAUCUCAUGAAGAUAUCAAAGGCAAUCAAAAGGUUUGGAUGGCUCAAGAAUGUUAGCAAGAAGGUGCACAGGGGAGAUAUACACAUACAACAAAAGCCAGAGAAGAGAUAGCAGAAGAAACGAGAGUAGGAAAUGGCGGAUUGGCAGUUACGACGCCGCUCCGGACCUCCCGCGCGCGAACAUUCCGGUCGAGCUGCUCCGCUUCCUCGUAGUUUUUCUCUGCUUUAUAUCUCCGAUCUCAAAGCUGUUAGUACUUAUGAUCAACACUCGCAUUUCUCUUCUGAUCUCCUCUGGUUUUUGUUAAUUGACGUACGGACAUGACUGGGAAUGUGUUAGGGGUUUUCAUACAAUUCUUAUGGGCUUGCAUUGCUUGGCUAUAAUGUUGAUGGAAGAGCGCAUUGUGAAUCCAGACAAGUACACAGAUGAAGGGAAGCCUACUCCACCAGAGAUUGAGGAUCCCAAUUAAGUUUUACCAUUAUGCAAUUUUCUCUGACAACAUGGUUGCUGCUCCAGUUGUGAAUUCAGCAGUGAAGAAUUCAAAAAAGCCAUGGAAGCAUGUGUUUCACAUUGUGAGAGACGAGAUGAAUCUUGGGGCUAUGCAAGUUAUGUUCAAGAUGAAGGAUUAUGAUGGGGCUCACAUCUAAGUGGAGGCUGUUGUGAACUCUUCUUAUGUUCCAGUACUUCGGCAGCUCGAGUAUGCUAAUCUACAGAAUUUUAUUUGAGAAUGCAACAAAGUAUUCAACAAAUAUGAUAUUCAGGAACCCAAAGUAUCUAUAGAUAUUGAAUCAUCUUAGGUUCUACUUUCCAGAAAGGGAUCCAAAGUUGCUCAGUAUCUUGUUCUUGGAUGAUGAUAUAGUUGUCCAAAGGGAUUUAACAGACCUUUGAAAGAUAGAUAUGGAUGGUAAAGUGAGUGGAGCUUGUAUACAUGUUUUGGAUCAUUCCACCGAUAUGCACAAUACAUUAGUUUUUCUCAUCCUUUGAUUAAAGAGAAGUUUAACCCAAAAGCCUGUGUGUGGGGGCCUAUGGGAUGAAUUUCUUUGACUUGGAUGCAAGUGCACUGAGCAAUACCAUUACUGGCAGAAUCUGGUAAUAAAUAAUUCAUCCUUCUAAGCUCCUUUAGACACUGGUAGUUUCCUGAGUAGGCCAAACAUGACACCUCAUUUUUCUACUUUUUGCACAUCCUGAUAUGUGCUGUGUCUAAAUCUGCUUAAGUUGUAAAA